AUGGAAGCUCUUGGAAAGCUAGAACCAGAGAUUGAAGAACUAGAUGAAAAUCCUGAGGCAAGAAGGAUCUACCAACCUGACUGCUGGAGUUGCACCAGAGAAAAAGGUUCUAUACUAUGA